AUGGGCAGCUUCAGAUCACCUGACAACUUCAUCUCUCCUUCUUUCCCCUUCACACGUCGAAUACCGCCUAUCAUUACUUUAACCUCUCGUGUCCACCUCGUCCUUGCUCUCUUAGCUAUCCUCAUCGUGGCGCCCUUCCUCCGUAUCCCCGCCCGCCUCUCAUCUGUGCUGGGCCAAUUACGUACCAACGUACCAAGACGACUCUUGACGACCUCCAGCAUGGCCCCCGCUCACCUCCGAACGCCGCCCCAGGCCCCGCCUAUCUUUACGGCCACUCCACAGUCAGUGGUGGCGGAUGCCGAACGUUUGAUCAAGAGCUCGCGUGCCAUUCAGGACAAGGUGGUGGCGGAGAUCAAGCCCGAAGCCGCAACCUUUGCCAAUGUUCUCCGUCCCCUCGCCCAAAAUGACAACGAGAUGGGACUAGAGUCACACAUCCUAGGAUUCUACCAGGCUGUCUCAACCGACUCGAAGCUGCGGGAUGCCUCGUCCAAGGCUGAAGAGCUCAUGGAUGAGUUCUUUAUUGAGGCAGUCAUGCGUGACGAUAUCUUUGGUCUGGUUGACGCCGUACUGCGCCGCAACGAGUCUCUCGACCCAGAGUCACGCCGUCUGCUGGAGAAGGAACACAAGGACUUUAUCCGUAAUGGACUUGGCCUGCCCGCCGGCCCUCAGCGGCUUCGCUUCAAGGAAAUCAAGAAGAGGCUAAGCCAGCUGAGCAUUGAAUUCCAGAAGAACCUGAACGAGGAGAACGGCGGCAUUUGGUUUACCCCUGAGCAGCUGGCUGGUGUGCCCAAGGACGUUCUAGAUGGCCUGAAGAAGGGUGAGGGCGAGAACGCCGGCAAGCUUUUCCUGUCGUUCAAAUACCCCGACCUCUUCCCUACCAUGAAAUACGCCAUUGACCCCGAGGUCCGCCGCCAAGUCAUGAUCGCCAACGAGAACAAGUGCAACCAGAACGUGCCACUCUUCCGGGAAUCCAUUAUACUCCGUGAUGAAGCGGCCCGUCUGAUCGGCUACCCCAACCACGCUGCCUUCCGUAUUGAGGACAAGAUGGCCAAGACCCCCGAGACGGUUAACAAAUUCUUGGGCGAUCUUCGGGACAGACUGACCGCUGGCGGUAAGAAGGAGACACAGAAGUUGCUAGAUCUGAAGAACGCCACGGACCCCAAGGCCGAUGGCCGCUACUACCUAUGGGACCACCGGUUCUAUGACCGUCUUAUGCUCGAGAAGGACUACUCGCUGGACCAACAGCUUAUUGCUGAGUGGUUCCCCUUGCAGACAACCAUCGAGGGUAUGCUGAAGAUCUUCGAGGAGCUGUUCGGUCUGGAGUUCGUUGAGAUCAUUGGCGAGGACCGGGCAGCCAUUGCCCCAACUGGCCAGGGCAAUGACAUUGUCUGGCACGAGGAUGUUCAAGUGUACACUGUGUGGAACGAUGAGGGCGAGGGUAGUGGGUUCGUUGGAUACUUGUACCUGGACCUGUUCCCUCGCGAGGGCAAGUAUGGCCAUGCGGCCAACUUUAACCUGCAGCCCGGCUUCGUUGAUAAGGAUGGCAACCGCCGAUUCCCUGCCACCGCCUUGGUGUGCAACUUCACCAAGCCCCAGCAUAAGAAGCCUAGUCUGCUGAAGCACGACGAGGUUGUGACCCUCUUCCAUGAACUAGGCCACGGCAUCCACGAUCUUGUGUCCCGGACCAUCUACUCCCGCUUCCAUGGCACCAGCACAGUGCGGGACUUUGUUGAGGCACCCAGCCAGAUGUUGGAGAACUGGUGCUGGACACCCUCGCAGCUGCGCUCUCUGAGCCGACACUACUCAACUCUCUCCCCAGAGUACCUUGCUAGCUGGCAGGAGGCCCAGCAGGGCGAGAAGGCCACCAGCCAGCCAUCAGAGCGCAUCCCUGACGAUGUGAUUGAGAACCUAAUCCGCACCAAGCACGUCAACGACUCCCUGUUCAACUUGCGCCAACUGCACUUCGGUAUCUUCGACAUGACCGUGCACGAGCCCAAGACCCACGCUGACAUUGAGGCUCUUCCUCUGUCUGCGACAUACAACCGUCUCCGCCAGGAGAUUACCCAGAUGGACGGACCGGAGGCUCUGGGUGCUGGUAACGAGUGGGGCCACGGCGAGGCAACUUUCGGACAUUUGAUCGGAGGUUACGACGCUGGAUACUACGGAUACCUGAGCUCCCAAGUCUACUCCACCGACAUGUUCUACACCGUUUUCAAGGACGAUCCCAUGAACAAGGCUGCUGGCCGUCGCUACCGCUACCAGGUUCUGGAGAAGGGUGGUAGCCAGGAUGAGAUGAAAACUCUGACUGAGUUCCUGGGCCGUGAGCCUCAGACCGAUGCAUUCUAUAAGGACCUGGGACUGGCAUAA